AUGAAGUAUACAGUCAAAAUUGUCUUUUUCAUUGUUACGCUUUUUGUUCUCUCAGACGUCGAAGCACAUUUUGAGCUACUUAACCCCCCUCCUCGAGGACCUUUUGAUGAGAACUUGCUCAGUAUUUCUCCGUGCGCCUCGUACAACAGCACCAACACUUCUGCCAUCACAACCUUCCCUCUAAAUGGACAAGCAACCUCCAAGUUUGAAGAUGGCGAUGGAAACUUUGUUUACAGAUAUGCUCUUACCAGUAACGCCACUUUUACCAAUGUUUGCUCAAAUAUUACGCUUAGUACGACUGAUACUUAUCCUAAACAAAUCACUACGCAGUUGGACUUGACUUUGGCUAGUGCUAAAGCUGGCGAUCAAGGCGUUCUGCAGGCUUAUUAUGUCUCUAACAACGGGAACGAAAGUUGGUAUCAAUGUGCAGAUAUUAAGGUUGUAGCUGCGUCUUCAGCACCUACAAUCGCUAUUGGGAGCGUCAUGUUUUAUACGAUUCUUGCAGUAAUUUUGAUGACAAACGGCCAUGACUACAAAUUUUAA